CGGCGCGGCGCAGCGCGGGUGGCGGCGGGGGUUUCCCGGCGGAGCGGCCGGAGCGGGGACCGACAGCGGGCCGAGCGGCUGCCCGGGCUGAGGUCGGGGCCGGGUGCGGCCGAGGCGGCUCCGGCGGGCCGGGCCGGGCCAGGCCAGGCCAGACCGGGCGGGUCGGGGGGCGGCCGGCGGCGGCCGGGGCCGGAACGAUGACUCUGGAGUCCAUGAUGGCGUGUUGCCUGAGCGACGAGGUGAAGGAGUCCAAGCGCAUCAACGCGGAGAUCGAGAAGCAGCUGCGGAGGGACAAGCGCGACGCCCGGCGCGAGCUGAAGCUGCUGCUGCUCGGCACCGGCGAGAGCGGCAAGAGCACCUUCAUCAAGCAGAUGCGGAUCAUCCACGGCGCCGGCUACUCGGAGGAGGACAAGCGGGGCUUCACCAAGCUGGUCUACCAGAACAUCUUCACCGCCAUGCAGGCCAUGAUCCGUGCCAUGGACACGCUCAAGAUCCUCUACAAGGACGAGCAGAAUGAGGCCAACGCACUGCUCAUCCGGGAUGUGGACGUGGAGAAGGUGACCACCUUCGAGCACCAGUACGUCAACGCCAUCAAGACGUUGUGGAGCGACCCUGGCAUCCAGGAGUGCUACGAUCGGCGGCGCGAAUACCAGCUCUCGGACUCCGCCAAGUACUACCUGACGGACGUGGACCGCAUCGCCACCUCGGGCUACCUGCCCACGCAGCAGGACGUGCUCCGGGUGCGUGUGCCCACCACGGGCAUCAUCGAGUACCCCUUCGACCUGGAGAACAUCAUUUUCAGGAUGGUGGACGUGGGCGGGCAGCGGUCUGAGCGCCGGAAGUGGAUACACUGCUUCGAGAACGUGACGUCCAUCAUGUUCCUGGUGGCCCUCAGCGAGUAUGACCAGGUCCUGGUGGAGUCGGAUAACGAGAACCGCAUGGAGGAGAGCAAGGCGCUGUUCCGCACCAUCAUCACCUACCCCUGGUUCCAGAACUCCUCGGUCAUCCUCUUCCUCAACAAGAAGGACCUGCUGGAGGACAAGAUCCUCUGCUCCCACCUGGUGGACUACUUCCCCGAGUUUGAUGGGCCACAGCGGGACGCGCAGGCAGCCCGCGAAUUCAUCCUGAAGAUGUUCGUGGACCUGAACCCGGACAGCGACAAGAUCAUCUACUCGCACUUCACGUGCGCCACCGACACGGAGAACAUCCGCUUCGUGUUCGCAGCCGUCAAGGACACCAUCCUGCAGCUGAACCUGAAGGAGUACAACCUGGUGUGACCACCGGGCCUCCCACCCGCGCCUGGCAGGGGCGCGGCCACCAUGACUUGUGGCUCCACUUUUUUUUUCCUUUUUUCUAAAAAAAUGAGAAAAACACAAGAAAAAACGCAGCAGCUGAGAUGCCAGUGUGCCCGCCCUGCACCCGGGCCCCGCCAUCGGGCACGGUGCAGGCCGGAGCCGGACUGCCUCAGCCUCCUGUUAAGUUAUUGUGCCCGCAGCCCUGCGGCCCCCUCCGGACUCCAAGAAGUGGGGGUGGUGGCACCGGGCUGCCCACCCCGGGAAGUGCCUAAUUUUUUUUCUUUUUUGAGGAAAAGAGUAAAACCAACUCACCUGGCUCGUGGGUCUCAGAGACGCCCCGAAGCCCAUGACGGUGCCCGGGUUGCUGUCCCUGCCUGUCCCUUUGGGGGGCUCCUGCGGCUGCUUGGGGUGCUCCCCUCAAGGCCCCGCAUCUGGGUCCCAAUCCCGCCAGCCCAGAGAGCCCCAGGGCGGCUCCAGUGAGUCCCGGGACUCUGGGGUGCGCAGGGUUGGACCCGGACAGCGGCCUUCGCUCCUUUUUUAAAACACAAUGUUUUUUUUAAGUUCUCUGGGUGUGACCGGUUUGGCCACCGGUGAGGGUGGGGAGGGGACGUUUUCAGGUUAUUCUCAGGUCUGUCCCCGAGAGGCAGAGAGAGAGAGAAAGACGGGCAGAGGACACUGCUGGUGGCUCCGCAGAUGUGCGUGGCGCCUCCCAGCCGCGGUCCCUGCCCAGCCCGGAGCCCGCAGCCCGGAGCCUGCGCUUGCACUUGGCCGCGGAGGCGGCUGGCCGGGGUCACCUGCGCCGGGCACCGAGGCCCGCGCCUGGGGCCUCGGGCGGAGGAGGAGCCUUUCCUGGUCGCCCCGGCCGCUACACUACACAGCUUUUGUUUCACUCUGCUGUUUUUGUUUUUGUUUUUUUUUUUUUUUGCACACUUGUUCCGGGAACGGGUCGACGCCCUGGACCCGCGUCUCUGCGCCCCCCACCCCGGGCCUCGAGGGGAGAAGCGGGGGGACGGGGUUGGGGGUGAGUGUUGGGAGGGACCAGCCCCGGGGACUGAGGCCGCCGCCUGGUGCCCAGGGCCUCUGUCUCCUGCAGGGUCCGCUGUGCCACCAAGGCCCUCGCCGGGGCCUGCGCGGGGUGCUCAGGGGCUCAGUCCCCGCAGCCCCGCACUUCGCCAUCACGAAAAGGGAAUGAACGGCCGGGGGCCACGCGCCCCGAGCCAGCAGUGUUACCGGGCGCCGCCGACGUCCGUGCCAAGGCCGGGCGCAGGCCAGCGCAGCCCAGCAGACGCGCCCUGGCCGCACUUGUAUAUUACCCCGUCCUGGUUUCCGACAGCCCGCACCUUAACCUAUUUAAGAAAGAACCUUCUCUGAGACGCUGUUUUUAAACCUCUCGUCAUUUGAAACGCAUGUGCCAAGCGGCGGGUGACGGGGAGGCAUCGGAGCCCCCUGGCUUCGGCCGGCCCUGGGGGCACGUGGUCCGCGCAGCAGGCUGGGCCCUGACCGUGCGCCCACGGCCCCUGAGGGAAGUCCACUUUUCGUAUCUUCUGAAAUGAAUUCUGUUUUAAAUUGGAAUAAAUUCUGUUCCUAAA